AUGUGGAAGUUUAUUUCACAGUCCUUGUCUAGAGAAGACUUGUACCAAGUGUUCAACAAUUUUUUGCCAACACUUGAUGGUAAAACUGUUCUAGAUGUUGGUUCAAGACUUGGAGCUGGUUUAUACGGUGCAUAUGUUUAUACUGAUGCUGAGAAAAUAAUUGGUCUUGAAAUAAAUAAGGAAUUGUGUGAACUUCAAAAAAAUAUUAUUUGUAAAUAUAAAAUGGAUAAACGUGUUGAAGUUAUGAACAAACGAAUUAGUGAAGUACCAGAUGUUUUAAAAACAACAGACGUUGUGGUUAUUGUUAAUAUUAUUGAAGACUAUCCAACUCAAGCUGAACAAAAUAAUGUCUGGACUUUACUUAAAGAAAACUUGAAAAAAAAUACCUAUAUAGUUUCAACUUAUACUCUAUCAAGUUAUUUUACAAAAUUAAAUUCAACAAUUAAUGUUGAUGAUUGGGUAAAACAAGCUAAAAUUCAAGAAAUGGGUGGUGAUUUUUUCAAUAAAGAAGCUCAAGAAUCUGAUGAAGAUUGCGAGCUAUUUUGUUAUCAAGUUUUGUAAAAAAUUAAAUAAAAAAGAAUGAUUGAUUUUUUUACAAAAAAUUUGUUAAAU